UCCUACGCUCGGCCCAGCUCAGCCUCCAUCCGUGAUGCCAACCUCUAUGUGAGCGGCCUCCCCAAGGCCAUGGGGCAGAAGGAGAUGGAGCAGCUCUUCUCCCAGUACGGCCGCAUCAUCACCUCCCGCAUCCUCGUAGACCAGGUCACAGGUGUCUCGCGGGGGGUGGGCUUCAUCCGCUUCGACAAGCGCGUGGAGGCAGAAGAGGCCGUCCGGGGACUGCACGGGCAGAAACCGCUGGGCGCCGCCGAGCCCAUCACUGUCAAGUUCGCCAACAGCCCAGGCCAGAAGUCAGGGGGGGCCCUGCUCAGCCUCUGCCCCAGCACCCGCCGCUAUGGUGCUCUGCAUCACCCCCCCCAGCGCUUCCGGCUCGACAAUUUGCUGAACGUGGCCUACGGCGUGAAGAGGUUCUCCCCGUUGGCCAUCGAGGCAGUGCCAGGGCUGGCCGGGGUGGGCCUGGGGGCCCCCGGCGCUGGCUGGUGCAUCUUCGUCUACAACCUGGCACCCGAGGCGGACGAGAGUGUCCUCUGGCAGCUCUUCGGGCCCUUUGGUGCUGUCACCAACGUCAAGGUCAUCCGUGACUUCGCCACCAACAAGUGCAAGGGCUUUGGCUUUGUCACCAUGACCAACUACGAGGAGGCGGCCAUGGCCAUCGCCAGCCUCAACGGCUACCGCCUGGGCGACCGCGUGCUCCAGGUCUCCUUCAAGACCAGCAAACAGCACAAGGCCUGAGCCCCACCCCGCUGGCUUCCCGGCCCCUGGGACUGGGUCCCCUGGCAUCACCAGGCCACGGGGACCCCCACGAGCAAGGACACCCUGGAGAUCAUGGAGAACCCCCCUGGAGACCUUGGGGACCCCCUCCAUGAACGCCAAGGACGCUGUGGGGACACCCUAAGGAUACCCUGGAGACUGUGGGCACCCUUCCCAGGCACCAAGGAUGCUGUAGGGUCCUCCCCACCCUGGAGACCAUGGAGAACUGCCCCGGACACCUGGAGAUCUUGGGGACCCCCUCCAUGGCACCAAGGACACCACGGGGACACCUGAAGGACAACCUGGAUACCAUGGACAUCCCCGCCUCCCCCCCUAGGCACCAUGGACCCUCUGAGGACUCCCCCAGGUGUCCCCAAGCUCUUGGACACUGUGGGGCCAAGGAGAUGGAGGGGGCACCCCUGAAGAGCUGCCUGUCCCACCACCUUGGAAAGUCUGGAGAGCCCCCAGGACACUGAGGACACGCUGGGAACCCCCCAGACACCCUGAAAACUCUGGGAAUUGUGAAGGAGUCUGGACUCGGAGGAAAGGUCACCUCUGAAGUCCCCAGGAAAAGCCGUGAGCGCCCCAAAGACCCGGGGACUCCCCCCAGCACCCAGAGGUAUUGGGGGAUCCUCCUGGGCACUGCAGAGACCCUUGAGGUGGGCCCCCCCCGCCCCUUUCCCCGUGCCUGGAACCCGCGGAGACCUCCGACAGCCCAGGUACCCCCGGAGCUCCCGGCCCCCCGCAGCGCCUGGUCUGCAGGUGCUAGACCAACACACGCCCCCCACCCCCCUUUUUUUUUCCUCCUCUGGGGGGGUUGUGCACCCCCAAACAGGGAGAAGGGGGAUCCCCCCCUCCCUUAGGGGUGUCCCGCCCCCCGGGGUGCUCCGGGACAGA